AGCCCUUAUCCUCGGGCACUGUAUAUAUACAGCACGUUUUAGAAGCCCUAGACGGCGGUGAGAUUCAGCAUCUUCGACCUCCACCUCGCGCUCCGAGCGGCGAUUCCCGAGUCUCCGCCCUUCUCUUCCUCGUCCUCCUCCGCAGCCCUAGCGAUCAUGUCGGACGAGGAGCACCAUUUUGAGUCGAAGGCCGAUGCAGGAGCGUCGAAGACGUAUCCGCAACAAGCUGGGACGAUCCGUAAGAACGGGUACAUUGUGAUCAAGGCGAGGCCCUGUAAGGUUGUGGAAGUCUCAACUUCAAAGACUGGGAAACAUGGGCAUGCGAAAUGCCACUUUGUUGGCAUUGAUAUUUUCACUGCAAAAAAGCUUGAAGAUAUUGUGCCUUCAUCUCACAACUGUGAUGUUCCUCAUGUUACUCGUACUGAUUACCAGUUGAUUGACAUUUCAGAAGAUGGUUUUGUGAGUCUUUUGACUGAAAAUGGCAACACCAAGGAUGAUCUGAGGCUCCCUACUGAUGAUUCUCUUCUCACUCAGAUAAAGGAAGGAUUUGCAGAGGGGAAGGAUCUGGUGGUGAGUGUGAUGUCUGCCAUGGGUGAAGAGCAGAUCUGUGCGCUCAAGGAUAUCGGCCCCAGGUAAGGUGCGUACCUCUUCAUCUUAUCAGGCAUCUCUGGGCUAGUGGUCCCCUCAUCAUUGGGGUUUGGUAAAUUAGAUUAUGUUAUACAAUACAUUGGCGGUUUGACUCCAACAACUAUCUUUCUUUACUUGGAAUAUGGUGUAUGGUUUUUGUCAGGGAGCUAACGGGCAACGUCUGUGCCUCGUUACUUCUCACCAUUAGAUGUCUGUGAACCUGUCUCUAGUUUUCCCCUGUUGCGACUGUCCGCACUUUCGAUUGGCUUAGAUGGUUUUUUAUAUUUUUGCUUACCCAAUUAUCCCAAACGAGAAUGGCCGUGCUUUUUGAAUGUUUCUUUAUUUUUUAGCUGAGAAAAAAUAAAUUGCUAAGUUAACCGGUGAUUCUUUUUUUUA